UGGAUUGGUUGUGCCAAAUCUUUGAUGGGUUUUAUUUUAUUUGUUUUUGGGGGCAGAAUAGGGAAAGAGGAACAGGGUGGCCACUAGGGCUAGGGAGCAUGUACAUGAGAUUGAGACUGGUGGAGGGUUUACCGGUUGAUGUAGCAGAUCAUACAAGAUCAUCUUGUUUCCCCUCCAGUAGUUUCUCUUCCUUCUCUUCUUCUAACCUUGAUACCGAGUCAACAGCAUCAUUCUUCCAAGACAACAACAAGACCUUAGGCCGUAUGAUCGGAUUCAGACAACGCAACAGAAGAUCUGAUUUAUACUCAAGACAUACAUUCGAGCGUGCCGAUACACCAAAUACAUUGUCUAACAGAAGUCCUUCGGAGCAUAGAGAUGAAUUGGGUAUGAAAAUGUGCGAUGGAAUUUGCAUUCCUUUAUGUCUAGUUGCUAAAAUGAGGAAGAACAAAGAUGGUUCAAAGAGAUGAACUAAAUUUUUUUAUGGUAGGAAAAACCAUAACCAAAUACAAUUACUUACAUUGUAUAUGCAAACAAUAAGAUAGAUUUCUUUUCAUAUUAUACAAAUUAAUUAAUGUAACUCAAAGUUUGAAAUAUAGUGAUGUUGAUAUUUGACACUCCCUCA